UUGUACCUCUCGAAGCCACUCGAAUAAGCUUUUAACUUACCUAAAUUCAAUGAUUCACUUCGCCACCCAGACAUGGUAUAUAUAUCUUUUCACCACUUCCCCUACAGGCCCCAUUAUUUACACACUCCCUCUUGCGUCCCUCUACAAAGAACCCAAAAUGUGCACAAUCACAACCUACAGCUGCACGAUCUGCACCAAGCAAUCCACACGUCCGCCCACGCUGUGCGACGAAGCUGAAGUCUGGGGUCGCGCAUGCAAACCCGAUUCCCCAAAUAACAUCCACAGAGAAGUAGCAUCUACAUGUUCGCGCAAGUGUCGAGAGCAGGAGGGAGAGAUUAGGGCGAGGAACGGGGACAAACAGGCAUAACGAACACGAUCGAAGAGAGGGAAGGGUUGCAGAGUUACUAGCUCAACACCAUGCGCGAAGACAAGCA